UUAUGUUAAGAAUUUAUAAUUUUAGUGCUGUUCAGCAAUCUGUAGAAAUUCGUUUUCCCGUUGAAUGUCGAAAUUGUACAUUACUUAUUGAGAAGAUUAAAGCACAAACUAACAAUGAUAAUUCUAGUUUUGAGAGGAGUUGUGCCGAGGUGGAUAUAUCCAAUACAGCACCAAUGAAUUGUUUUGGUAAUGGUAUAUGGGAGGAUGAAGGAAGUAGUGGCAGUUGCCAAUGUUCACAUGGAUUCUCGGGUCAAUACUGUCAAUAUAAAGAUGAUUGCGCAGAUGAUUUAGAAUGCGGCCCUAAUGGAAAAUGCGUAGCAGACGCCAUUAGGCAAGGCCAUAAAUCUUGUUUUUGUCAAUUUGGAUUUUUUGGAACAAACUGUGAACGAAGUGAGUUAAAAGAAAAAAUUUUUGAAAGGAGUGAAAUCAUUUCAAAAAUAAUUUAAUUUUGUUUAUUCUUGGAUCUGAUCCUGAUC